UUACAACCUUCACUGUGAGCGCGGUAUCGAGAGGGGCACCUUCAAGCAGGGGUCGAUAAAGAACCACUUGUAAAAUUUAUACACACAUACAAGAACAAUGUCCUUCCUCUCUAUCAGCAGACUAGCUCCAAGGCUCCUCAGUUCAAAGAAUGCAGCAUGUGUUGUUGUGGCUGCCAGAAAUGUCAGUGCAUCCACGAAUUUGAAAGACGUCCUGGCAGACCUCAUCCCUAAAGAACAGAGCAGGAUCAAGAACUUCAGACAGCAGCAUGGCAAAACCACAGUUGGUCAGAUCACAGUGGACAUGGUUUAUGGAGGAAUGAGAGGCAUGAAGGGUUUAGUGUACGAGACAUCUGUGCUCGACCCCGAUGAGGGCAUCCGUUUCCGUGGUUACAGCAUUCCAGAGUGUCAGCAGCUGUUGCCCAAGGCUCCUGGUGGAGAGGAGCCGCUGCCAGAGGGUCUGUUCUGGCUGCUGAUCACAGGACAGGUGCCCACUGAGGAGCAGGUGAAUUGGUUGUCUAAGGAGUGGGCUAAGCGUGCGGCUCUUCCCUCUCACGUGGUCACCAUGCUGGACAACUUCCCCACCAACCUGCACCCCAUGUCUCAGUUCAGUGCUGCCGUCACGGCUCUGAACAGCGAGAGCAGUUUCGCUCGGGCGUACUCUGAGGGAGUUAACAAGGCCAAGUACUGGGAGUUUGUGUACGAGGACUCCAUGGACUUGAUUGCCAAGCUCCCCUGCGUGGCGGCCAAGAUCUACCGUAAUUUGUACCGUGAAGGCAGCAGCAUCGGUGCCAUCGACUCCAACCUGGACUGGUCACACAACUUCACCAACAUGCUGGGCUACAGCGAUCCACAGUUCACAGAACUCAUGAGGCUCUACCUCACCAUCCACAGUGACCAUGAGGGUGGAAAUGUCAGCGCACACACUAGUCACCUGGUAGGCAGUGCCCUGUCCGACCCCUACCUCUCCUUUAGCGCUGCUAUGAAUGGUCUGGCCGGACCCCUGCACGGACUGGCCAAUCAGGAGGUGUUGGUAUGGCUGACAGCCCUGCAGAAGGAGCUCGGUGGUGAGGUGUCCGAUGAGAAAAUGAGAGAUUACAUUUGGAACACGCUCAAAUCAGGCAGAGUGGUGCCAGGCUAUGGCCACGCUGUACUGAGGAAGACCGAUCCUCGCUAUACCUGUCAGCGUGAGUUUGCCCUCAAGCACCUUCCCAACGACCCCAUGUUCAAGCUGGUAGCUCAACUCUACAAGAUCGUACCCAACGUGCUUCUGGAGCAGGGCAAGGCUAAGAACCCCUGGCCCAAUGUAGAUGCCCACAGCGGAGUCCUGUUGCAAUAUUAUGGCAUGACUGAGAUGAACUAUUACACUGUGUUGUUUGGCGUAUCCCGGGCUUUGGGCGUCCUCUCCCAGCUGGUGUGGAGCAGAGCGCUCGGCUUCCCUCUGGAGCGUCCCAAGUCCAUGAGCACGGACGGACUCAUGGCUCUAGUUGGGGCCAAAUCAGGCUAGAGAGGGACCAUGCCAGCGAAGUGGGGACAGGGAGGGGAGGAACUUAAAAUAUUAGAAACAAGACCCUGGGCUAAGGGAUUUAAAGAGACGGUACACUUAAAUUUCAUCUAAAAAAGGCCUUUAUUAAUAUAACGUCAAGAUUACACAUGCCAUUUACACUUUAUUAGUCUUUCUUCCCCAAAAUGCAUAUUUAAACUUUUUCACAAGAAAUGUGUAGACGCAUUACACAGUCAUUGCUUGCGGUCACUCCUCUUAAGUUUUCCUGCAGAUUUUUCCGACCGUAUGACGCAGCUAUGGAUGUAGCGAGGUGGUUUGAUGGAGAAGGCUGUGUUAUUGUCCAAGAACACAGUCGAGAGUGAUGCGUCUUUCCAGAAAUCACCUCUCCCCUUAUUUAAACUAAUGUCUAUUAAAUACUAGUUCAGAAGAGUUAGUUCGCCUGGUAUGUAAAUAAAGCCUUUAUCCUCA